UAUUUUUUCGAAUUUUCCUCUUGUUUCGAAUAUUUUCCCUUGAUAGUAAAUCUUUAUUUUUAAGAAUCCGUAUUUUUAUUUUUUCUCUUCUCAUUCUACUAGAGUUGUACAAGGAGGUAGUACAAGAUUGUUCCCCGUCGAGUGGAAGGCCUCUGGGAGAAUCUUUUAUGGAAGCAGCGCCACGGGAUCUAGGGACGGGGGGGGGAUUUAAAAAUGUCUCCGAUUCUACCACAACUUUGAGGAAAUCCCCCCUAUUUUUUAUUAAUUUUUUAUUAUUUUUAUUUUUAGAUGAUCAAAUGAAAGAAAAUCGUUCAUUAAUAACAAUGGGAAUGAAACCAUUUUUAAAUGAUGAACAAUUAUCAAUUCGUGUAAAAAUGAAUUUAUGUCAAUUAUGUAUAGCUUUAUCAGAUAAUGAAUAUGUUCAAGCAGACGAGGGGGGAGAACAUGUCAUACAAUUUUUACUUGCAAAUUUGGUGGUCAAUCGCAGCGAUUUGAAUGUAAAGCAACGCUCUUCAGUCCAACAACAACAAUUAUUACAAGCGUCUAGUGAUGCAAGUCUAAUUACUCAAUUGAGUGCACAAUGUGCUCAAGCAUUAUAUACAAUUUCGAAUACUAGCAAAGUUGCUUGUGAGCUUCUUUGGCCAAAACUUUUUGAAUAUGUUUGUGUUGAACAAUAUUCACUAGUAAUUACAGAUAUAUUUAAAUGCUUACGUGUUCUGUGUGGAAGAAUAAAACAAUCUUGUAAUAAAUUGGAUAUUUAUGAUUUUGAAGCUAAUUCAAAACUUCCUGGACCUUUCCAAUUAAUUUGUCGAUUAAUUGUAUUUAUGAAUGGAGCACCCCAAAAUGCCCAAUUAAAUGCACGAGCAAAAGAAUCAAUCAAUUUAUUUGGAGAAUUGUUUUGUUGGUUAAAUAAUAAAUUUUGUGAGCAAGAUUCCCCAUUUCCAAAAAUUAUUGGACAUUUAUUGGAAAGUUUACAAAAAGAAUUUUCAUCAAAUUAUCCAUCAAAUGAAGAUAAAAAUGAUUAUUUUGGAAAAGAAAUUUUAUUUUCGAGGGUUGAGAGGUGGCAAGCUGUUAUAUUAGAUUUAUUAUGUUCUUUAAUAAAUGCUGUUGAUGAUCAGUCUUGGCGACAAAAUUUAGCUUCUGCCCAAGCAAAACAAUUAAGUACACUUUUUACUUCAGCUUCAGAUUCUUUUCAAUCUUCGCAAGAUAAAGCUUUUUUAAUGCGUUGUUUAGGCUGUACACUUGCAAGAAUUGAAGAUCCAACAUUUAUUAAAGAACAUUUAUAUUUUUUAUUUCGACAUACCCAACACUCCUCAAUUAUUGAAAGAAUUGGUUGUGCAAUAGCUACAGGACACUGUGCUUCAGUUUUGGAUCAUGCAGAUUUGGUAUUAACUGAAUUAGAAAAUGUUUCAAAAUGGGAACAUAUGAAGGAAGGAAAAAAGCAAAGUGGUGGUUCUUCUGUUGGAUUUUUGUCUUUUAUUAAGGAUUCUUUACCUUAUGGAAGAUCUGUUGAUGCAGAAAUUUUAAAUUUGAGAGCCACAAUAGUUCUCAGUUUUGGCUAUGUUUGUUUUUACUGUCCAACUGAAGGAUUAAUUUUAAGACUUCAAAAUACAGUUUUGCCAUUUUUACGUCAAUAUACUGCAAAUUCUAAGGAAUCUUCUCUUCGUGAAGCACACUUGGAAACUCUAAAUUUAAUCGCUUUGUCUGUCCAUCCAAAUAGAUUGCGUGAUUAUCGUUUUGAGUCGCGCUAUGAAUGUUUGAGUUAUAUAAAGGAAUAUGUUAAUGAUGAAAAAUCUUUUGACACAGUAACAACUUUAAUUCGUCUUCGUGCAUGUAAAGCAACUGCUUCACUUGUAUUAUUGGAACCUCCUCUUAGCGAAAACGAAUUUAUUGAUAUAAUUAAUGUUUUAAUUCCAAAUAUAUUUCCAAUAAAUAGAGAACGUGGUGGAUUAAAAGCGACAGGAGAAGAUGAUAGUUCAACAGUUAUGGAAGCAACUAUAAUUCAAUGUAGAAAUGCUAUUGCAAAUAUGGUUAAAAUGCGUCCUUGUGUUAGACCUACAGUUGGGGAAUUAUUAAAGUUAUUUUAUCAAUAUUAUGGUAGUGAACGUGAUCAUGAAAGAGCUAGAGCUGUCGAUUUUACUGUUUUAGUAUUACAAGUUUAUUCAGAAAAAGCUUCAGAUAUAACACUUGGAAUAGCAAAAGAAUUUUCUUCUCUUUCUUGGAUUAUUGCCCGUUUUUGCCCUCGUUUAUGCGAUUCUUUAAGUUUUGUUCGUCUACAAUCUUUGAGAGCUAUUUGGUUUGCUUUUAAAUUGAGUUUAUUACAUAGAGGACAUUCACCUUCUGAUGUUGAAAUGGUUGACUCUUCUCUUUUUAAUAUUGACAAAUUUAUUGAAUUAUAUUUUGGUGGAACACAAGAAGGACGUUUAGAUUCUAAUAAAUGUAGUGGAGCUAUUUUGGCUAUUUCCAAGGAAGUUGAAAGUCGCCUACCACAAUCUCAAGUCCAAAAUUAUAUUCAUAUGUUAUUCAAAAUGUUAUCUGACAAGCAAGGAAAUGUUAGCAGUGCUGCUGCUCAAUUAUUAACAAAUAUUCUCUCUUAUAGAGCGAAUUUAUUACAAAAAGAGGCAGAAGUUUUGCUAAUAAAUAUGCUCGAUCAUUUGGCUAGAACUCGACAAGAAAAAAUCCAAACAUACACAGAAUUACUUAAUGGAUUUGUUCUUUUUUCUGGACAUCAUUUACAUUUGGCUGUUCAAGUACUUUUGAGGCAAACACUUCCAUAUAAUCAGUUUGUUAUUUUUUUUAUAAAUUUUUUUUUGAGUUGA